GUUGAGUACUCGGCCGGGAAAAGCAGGGCACCCAGAGCGGAAGCUACUCUCCGGCGCCGGCCCCGGGAGGCAACAGGUAGACGUCUGUGGUUGGUGCGGCCGGGACGUGAGCCAGCGAGGCAGCCGUAACGGGUGUUACUGGGCUAUUUGCUGCAGAUUCUUUCCCUGUGAGCCCAGGGAGAAAUUUACAUCGAAGACUUUUUCUUACCAUGGCUUUAGUUUACAAAUUGUUGAGUGGUUCUUAUACUCUCAGAAAAUGCCCCAAGCCACAUGUUGCCUUGUGUCCACUUUUGGAUACUCGCUUUGCUGACUAUUGUUCCAGUAGUCUUCAGAAACCAGAGGCUGCUCCAGGCAAAGCCUCCUUGCAGAAGACUGAAGAAGGUUUGCAAGAACAUCAACAGAGAGAAGUUGCUUUGGAUAUAACUUCUCCUGAGGAGAAGCCUGAAGUUAGUUUUGAUAAAGCAAUUAAAGAUGAAAUAAAGGACCAUUUUAGGCAUUUGAAGGAUGAUAUUGUGAAUCACUGGAUAGGGUCUGAAGGUCGCCCUCUGCAUGAGGUCUUGCUGGAACAAGCCAGGGUUGUCUGGAAGUUUCGUGGAAAAGAAGAUUUAGAUAAGUGGAUAGUGACUUCUGAUAAGACGAUUGGAGGUAGAAGUGAAGUGUUCCUGCAAAUGGGCAAGAAUAACCGAAGUGCACUGCUGUCUGGAACUCUGAGCUCAGAGGUGCCGCAGGAUGGGGAAAGUGGCUGCAGUGGAUACUGUGCAAUGGUCUCCAGGAUUCCACGGGGCCCUUUUGAGACAAAGAAGUCUUAUGAUUGGUCUCAUUUCAACACUCUUUAUCUCCGUGUACGUGGAGAUGGUCGACCUUGGAUGGUGAGUAUCAGGGAGGACACGAACAUAAUCCAGAGGAAGAAUCAGAUGCACAGUUACUUCAUGUUUACCCGCGGGGGCCCUUACUGGCAGGACAUCCAGUCCCUUUUAUGGAUUAAGUCAAGCCUACAGAGGAUUAUCUUCCCUAUAGUAAAGUCAACUGAUUUGGGACCUUACUUCUGCAGUCCCUUCACAGCAGCACUGAGCUACAACGUAAAUGGUUUCUUCUUUCAGAUUCCUUUCUCCAAAUUUUUCUUCUCUAAUCAAGGAAGAAUCCGGGAUGCCCAGUACCAGCUUCUGCUUGACAGGAUCUCUUCUAUUGGAUUCACCCUGGCUGAUAAAGUGGAUGGCCCGUUCUUCUUGGAAAUAGAUUUUAUUGGAGUGUUUACUGAUCCAGCCCAUACAGAAGAAUUUGCCUAUGAAAAUUCUCCAGAGCUUAACCCAAGACUUUUUAAGUAGAGAUCAUGUGGUAGUUUUGUAUAACUAAACUAAAGGUAGUAAUAUUUCUGAUGACACAAAAUAAAAUUAAUGGCAUCCAACCAAUGGCUGGUCUGUAUUCCCAAAGGCAAAAUGCUGUUAAAGGGAAACAGCAUGAAACCAGGUUCUAAGCUGCACCUUAAUUUAAAGAAUUCCAUGUCUGAUGCAGAGGUACUAUGUAAUCAACUGUUUUUGUUAGGAUGAUUCCUAUUAGGCACAAUUCCUAAACGAGAAGGCAGUUUCCAAAGCAAGGAGUCUCCGAGAUGUCUGUUGGAUGGCCUUUUACUAUUCUAUUCCUUGUAGGUUUCUUCUGUUUUUUCUUCUUUAUUUUUUGUUCUUUAAUGAGACAGGUUUUUUUUUAUUGUGGUAAAACGUAUUAUGUAAUAUUUAUCAUCUUAACCAUUUUUUGGUUUACAGUAUAUAAACUAAAUGCAGCUUGUAAAACAGAUUUCAUCUUGCAAAACUGAAACUCUGUACCCACUGAACAACUUUUCCUCCUCCCCUCAGCCCCUGGCAACCACCAUCCUACUUUAUUUCUGUGAAUUUGGCUACUUUAUUAUUUAAUUAAAGCUGCUUUAUUAAACUUUUUAUAUUGAGGGAAGUACAUAAAUAAUGCACAAAUCUUAGUGCAGUCUGAUGAACCCUGACACAUGUAUCACCCAGACCAAGACAUCAAACAUUCUACUUUUUUCCCCUUCACCUAUUUCACCCAUGCCCCACCCCCUCCCCUGUGGCAACCACAGUUCUGUUGAAGUCUGUUUUGUGUGUUCAUUUAUUUUUUAGAUUCUACAUGUGAGAACAUAUACUAUUUGUCCUCCUCUGACUUCACUUAGGAUAAUACCCUGUAGGUCUACCUAUGUUGUUGCAAAUGACAAGCUUUCAUUCUUUUUUUAUGGCUGAGUAACAUUCCAUCGUAUGUAUGUAUAUUUUUUUCUGUCUAUUGAUGGACAUUUAGGUUGUUUCCAUAUUUUGUAAUAGAGAAUGUCAUUUACAAAUAUACUCACCCAUAGUAGGUUGCCUUUUUGUUUUGUUGGUUUCCUUUGCUAAUUAUUUCCCAAAGACCCCACCUCCAAGUACCAUCACACUGGGAAUUCAACAUAGGAAUUUGGGGAGAAUACAAACAUCAGUCCAUAGUACCUCCUUAGAGAGCUGGUCCUCCAAAGACACAUGAUUCUUACUGUUUCUUACUUUAUUAGUGACUAAGAUACUAGACUAAUGUCCCCAGAGCUUCCCCAGUCAUCUUAAGUAUUACAAAGAUUGCAUAUAUUAAAAAUGGGACCCUGAUUAAUAUAGUUUAAAUUGAUCAGUUCUUGUCAUCUUAGCAGGUAGGAACUAUUAUACAGCCUGAAUACAUUGAGAGAGCCAAAUUUAAAAUGAGUAAGAGAAUAGACAAAGGCUAAUAGCUUUUCCAUAAUCUUGGCCUAAAAUCUACUUUGUAUAUUUUCAUGUAAUUAACAUAAAAUUCAGGUAUUUAAGUACAGUUUAGUGGGUUUUUUAAGUAUAUUUAUAGAACUUUACAGUCUUUACUACUUUUAAGUUUAGAAAAUUUCCAAAAGCCUAAAAAGAUACCUCAAUACCCCUUUACAAUCACUCUUCAUUCCACCCCCAAACCCAGGUAACUAUUCUACUUUCUCUAUGGGUUUAUCUUCUCUGGAUAUUUCAAAUAAAUAGAAUCAUAUAAUAUGU